AUUUAUAUCUAAUAACCUUUGCCGACAAUGCUAAAAUAUAUUAAACUAUAAAAAUAUAGUUUAUAUAAUUAAUAACUUGAUCACACCUAGAAUGGCAUUAAGGGUGAAAUUUACAAAAGAUGAUUAGAAUCCAUCUGAUUUUCGAGAAAAUCUCAUUCUCUCUCUAGAAUCAAUAAAGCAAACAGAAUCACUCCAACCUAUAAAGAAAGCAAACCACCCUAGCCAUGCACUUCAAAACCCAAAGAAAAACACCUUCUCCUCAUCAACUCCCACAUAUUCUCCAAUUUCCUUCAUACUUUUCUAAAAUCCAGCUUCAAUUUUAAACUGGAGAUGAGCAGCAGCAGCAGCAUCGAGUUCUUGAAAGGCUGUCUUCGAUUAGUUGUAUUGCUGGGAUUUCUUCGAUUUUUGAUGGUUGAGGCUCAUCAUCAUCAUCAUCAUCACCAAAAACCAAGAAUUAGGGGUGCUGGAAUAAUAGUUAUGAAAAAAGAAGCUUCUGGAAACAUGAAGAAUGAUUUUGUUGUAGCUGUGAAUAUGGUGAAGAGGAAGCAUAGGCUUCUUUCAAAGUUGGAGCUUAACUAUAUGAGCAAAAGGAGGGUUCCGAAUGGGCCUGACCCCAUCCAUAACAGAGGAGCUGGCAAAUCACAUCGACCACCAGGACAUGCUUAAGUGAAGGAUAAAUAGAUCUCAUGAGCUUAAAAAAUCUUAAUUUGUUUUUGUUUUCGAUUAGCUAGCUAGGAAAUAUUUGAGUUUUUAAUUUAUAGAAUGAAGUUCAUAACUACGUGCUGAGUUUGUUGAGAGCAUUGCUGCCAAAGGAGUUGUUUGUCCCUAAUUUUACAGUCUUGAUGUAAUUGUAGAUCUCUCUAGCGAUGAUCGAUUGUGCAAGGACGUUUUUACCAGCUGAUCUUUAUUAAUUUUAUUUAUUUAUUUUGUAGAA